UAGCUACCUUACCGAAGAGAACCAAUAAUGAUGAUUAUUUAGCAUACGUUAUCAAAGUCAAAGGUCAGAGGACAAGUAUAAAGGAGAUUCUUGAGAUAAUUAACAUCAGUUGCUGUGCGACAAUGGGACGAAGAGGUCCGUUCCGAUUGGGCCUUGCCCUUGCAGUGUUUUUAGUGGCUCAACAGACAUUUGCCGAUCAAGUAUGCAGGACAGGAUGCAAAGGAAAUAACCAAGUAUUCAAAUAUACGCCUGGAACAACGUACAAAUAUAAUUAUGAAGGUAAAAUCGAUAUAAGUCUAUCAUCCGCAGAAGGCCAAAUAACGAGUACCGAUGUAAAAGCUACAGUAUUAUUAACACAAUUAGGAGAUUGUAAUCAAUUACUGAGGCUUCAAAACGUUCAAAUUCUAACAGGAAACAAGAAACAUGGAACAGUUCCAGAUUUAGAAAAACCCGUUCAAAUCAAUUUCCACGAUGGACAUAUCGAAGAUAGUAUUUGUACAGACGCCCAUGAUACCCAAAACUCUCUGAAUAUUAAGCGAGCCAUCGCGUCUCUGUUCCAAGCCAAUUUGAACAGCGCACACGAAACAGACGUUUUCGGUUUAUGUCCUACGGAAAUAGCGCAACACAAACAAGGAGCAGAUUUGGUCGUCGUCAAGAGCCGCGAUCUAAACAAGUGCGCUUACAGAGAACACUUAAAAGCAGAUUUCUUUGCCACAACUUUCGAUUUGAACAGUGAAAUUAAAUCAAGUCCACUAUUGAACGGUGACUACACCGCGAAACUAACAAUCAAAAACGGUAUUUUGAAUCAAGUUUUAGUAACCGAAAACUACUUUUUCGUUCCUUUUUCCGUUGGAAAGAAUGGUGCUAAAGCAGUAGUAACAACUAAGCUUCAUCUAAUGACUACGUUGAAAGAAUCUCCGAAAGCUGUUACAAAUACACCGAGAUCGAUCAUUUUCGAUAAUCCCCAUCCGGUAACUGCCCCUACUUGUAACGUUAACACCAUCACGAACGCCGUUAAAGAAGUCGCUAAAAGUAUCGAUGUCGUAGUAGGCGAAAAAACCGCUAAGGAAUUUGUUACUUUGAUAAAAACAAUUAGAGUCGCAAAUAAAAACGAUCUUUUGGCCGUUUACAAUCAAGUAAGAUCCGGCGUACUUCCAGGAGAUAAAGCUACUUCUAAAAAACUUUUCUUGGACGCUCUUUUACAAGCCGGCACCGGCGAUGCCAUCGAAGCUGCUAUAACUCUUUUAAAGAGCAACGAAUUCAAUGAGGGUGAGAAGAGUUUGGUGUACCUCGGAAUGUCUUUGAUCAAACAUUCAACAGAAAAUGCAAUCAAAACUGCAGCUGAAUUACUGGACCUUCCGAACCUUCCAGAAGAAGCUUACUUAGGUAUCGGGAAUGUUGUAGGAAGCUAUUGCCGAGCACAUUCUUGCAAAAACGUCGAUGCUAUCAAUCAAAUCACCCAAAAACUUCUCCAAAAACUUGCGGCUACUACAUCCGACAAAAAAGUUGAAAAUCAAAUUAUUCUCAUAUUGAAAACUUUGGCAAACUUCAAACAUCUAAACGACAAUGUCGUUGCAAAAAUCACUUCGAUCGCUGAAAACAGACAAGCCUCCACCAGGUUGAGAGCUUUCGCUUUAGAUACUUAUCUUUCAGAUCCGUGUAAAGAUAAAAUAAGAAACAGCGCUUUACAAAUUUUGAAAAAUAUACAACAAGAUUCCGAAAUAAGAAUAAGAGCUUAUUUAGUUUUGGCCCAAUGCCCUAAUGACAAAAUUGGUAAUGCCGUAAAAGCUCUAUUAGAACAGGAACCCAGCUACCAAGUCGGGGGAUUUAUCACUUCUCACAUCCGCAAUCUUCGAGCUUCAGCUAAUCCAGACAAGCAACUUGCCAAACAGUACCUCGGAUUUAGCGUUACCAAGAAAUUCCCGAUCGAUUUCAGGAAGUGGUCGUACAACGGCGAAUUAUCUUACGCGGUUGAUACCCUCGGUAUGGCAGCGUCAUCUGAUGUCAAUAUCAUUUAUUCCGAAAACGAUUUCUUACCGAGAUUGACUACUUUGAACGCCACUGCUGAAGUCUUCGGUCAUUCCAUGAAUUUCCUCGAACUCAAUCUGAGACAGGAAAAUUUAAACAGAUUGGUGGAACAUUAUUUCGGACCGAACGGUUUAAUUCGAGGAUCAUCUCUGGGAGAAUUGUUUAAAAACGAAAUAAAAACAUCGUCGAAAUUAUGGCAAGAUCUUAAUAGUAAACUUAAAUCGAGUUUGAGGGCACGUCGUGAUGUCAGUAGAAAGGAAAUCGAUAACAUUGGUAGAGCGGUACAAAUUAAAGAAAACGAAUUAGAUAAAGAUUUAGAUCUUGACAUCAGCGUUAAAGCUUUUGGAUCCGAGCUCCUUUAUACCAACUUGAACGCUCAUCAUAUAGGUUUGACACCCGAAGCAAUCAUCGAUCAAGUUAUAAACAACUUCAACGAAGGCUUAGACAAACUCAAGAGUUUCCAAGAUACUUUCCGUGCUAAUAUCUUAUUCUUAGAUUCGGAAUUAGAUUAUCCAACAUCUCUCGGUUUUCCUCUACGGUUGGCAGCAGAAGGUACGGCGAAUACUCAACUCAAAGCUGAAGGUGGAAUAGACGUAAGAGCUCUGCUGAACAACAAAGAUACUAACGUUAACGUGAAAUUAAUUCCAAGCGCCAAGAUUGAAAUAACCGGUAGACUUUCUUUAGAUGCUCUAGUUGUAGAAAACGGUAUCAAAUUGGUAUCCAGUUUAUACACAGCUACGGGAAGUGACGUCAAAAUUAGUUAUAGUAACAACGGUAAAGGUGUCGAUGUCAAAUUGGGUUUGCCGGUACAAGAACAAAAACUAAUUUCACUCAAUCAUCAAAUAGUUAGUGAAACUAGAGAGCAAGCAGGACAAACAUCUGUAACUACUCUGAAAUUCUCUCAACCUAAAGACUUUAAUCUCUGCUUGGAUCAAGCUAGCGCGUUUAUCGGACUAGCCUUCUGUGUUGAUUUAAAUGGACCCAAUUUAGCCGGUCAACAAACUACGGUGUUGCCGUUCCCUCUUUCAGGAGACGCUAAAUUCGCUAUCAGCAUCGAAAACGAGGAUUUGAAAGAAUACCACUUCAAGAACAUCGUAAAUCAAGAUUUCACAUCCGGUGAAAUUUUAGUAGAAAGCGUAGGUAAAAACGGGGAGAAAAAAGUCAGUUUUCAAUUUUUGAGCGAAAUAUAUCCACAAAAGUUCAUCAAAGCUAUCUUCAAUUCUCCGGUGAAAUCGGCAUUCGCCGAAGGUAGAAUCACCAAUACCAAUCAAGAAAAAUCGUUAUUACUGAAAGCCGGACAAGACAACACGGAAGCUUACGUCAAAUUAGGAGUCGGUAUAUCUGGUUCCCAAGAUAAAUCUGUGUAUAAUCCAAUUUUGGAAUUCAAAACACCCGAUGGCAAUCAACAAUUACCCGUAAAAGUUGAUGGAAAAAUUAUUGCUGAAAAAACUGGUGAAAAUAAUAAAUACACUUUUGAAAACGUCAAAAUUCAUCUUCCCAAUCAAAAAAUCCUUGGAAUUAACGGAAAUAUUGGAAACGAUAAGAAAACUUUCUUCAGCGAUUUGACAUUUUCCGAAGGUCAACAAUCUGUUUCAUUAACAGGUCGCUUUUUCGUCGAUCCUAACCAAGUGAACGUGAAUGCAGAAGUGAAGAACAACAUCAAUCAAGCAUUCAAUUUCCAUAUAAACGGGGGAGUGAAAAAAUCUAACGAUCUUACACAUAUUGAUAGCAAUUGGCAAUUGAUCCACGGUCAAGAUCUUUCUUCUAAAACUAACACAAUCACGUUAACCAGUAGCGUUACUAGAAGAUACAACACGCCCGAUGAUUUCACUUUCGGUUUCAAAAACAAAUUCUCUUAUCCUUUAUUGAAUUUAAAUAUUCAAUUCGACGCAGAACAACAGCCGAAAAGUUUGCGAUACGACGUCGAUUUUCACUACAACGAUAUUAAAUUCGGUUCCGAAUUAGAUUUCGAAAUCAACAAAAAAACACUAGGAGAUUUCGAUGUUGAUUUCGAUAUCUACAGUUUCGAAAAUAAAGUCGGUUUCAAAUCGUCCAGAGAAGUAUUGGCGGGCGAACAAAGCAAAAUCAGUAACGAAUUAGAUUUGAACGGAGUUAAAUUGGAAGUUAAAGGUAUCAUAACACACAACAUCAAAGCCACUAACGUAAACCUCGGUGCCGACUUAACGGUAGUUCUUCCUACGCAUCCAACGCCUUUCAAAGUCGACAGCGGACUACAAUGCACUCCGAGCGAAUUAUCCGCUCACCACAAAGUCGUCAGCGGUAACGUCGUCGUUAUUGACGCUUUCAUCAACGCGAAUAAAAACGGUAACGCAAACGGUAGCGUUAAAGUCAAUAUUAAAAAUAUGUUAGUAGUAAAUGGACAAUUGAAAUCGGUUAAAGGUAAAGGUAACGCAGAUCUACAAAUCGACGCUAACACACCUAAAAAAUCCGUCAAAUUAGAAAGUACAUUCGAAGUUCAACCUCCAACUACAUACAAUAUCGUUCUCACUCUAUACCCGAGUUUCGAUAAAGACAAAAACCAAAAGAUAAUCGUAUCUACAAACACUAAAAUUUCCUCAUCCAACAUCGAUUCCAAAAACAAAGUCGACAUACUCGGAAAAGUUUUACAAGUUAACGUAAACGGCAUCUGUAACGGCGAGUUCCAAAACGGCAAACAAAACGGAGAAAUCGAAAUUAUACUUCCGACCGAUCAAUAUUUAUUAGGAAAAUUCAACCGUAACUUCAAUACUAACGGUGAUGUCAGCCGCGGACAAGAUCAGGCUAGUUUGGAAUACAGGAAAAAUAAAAAUAGCCCCGGUCGUAAGAUCAGUGUAUCCAGCAAAUACAACAACAUCAACCACAAAGAAGGAACCUACGAUGUGUCGUACGAAGCAUCCGCAGAUGACGCCAAUGGUAGAAAUAUCAACGGAGAAUUGAUCUUCAAAGUGCAAAAACAAGGAGAAAAACGUUUAAUUGACUCUACGGGAAAAAUCUACGGAUCAGUAUUGAAAGAUCCAAUACAAUCCGGAUUGAAAUUCAAUUAUAUACACGAAUCCGGGGAUUUCGAAUUGUCUUCUUCGUAUGGUACAGCUCUCAGUGGUAAAGUUGGAGGCAAAUAUGAUAUAAGAGGAGAAGGAAUACCGAUAUCCGGAGAACUUGAAGUUCAAUUCUUAUCGGCUAUAAUCGAUUUAAAAUCGGUCAAGUCUAAAAUAUCAGGAUCUGUUCUUCUUCCGCGUGAACCAAGGCAAGAAUUGAAAUUAACCGGAGCUAUAUCCGCCUUAGCCGAAAAUAAUAAAGGUGCAGUUAUAGCCGAUUUUAGUGCAGACGGACAACUUAGAGCAAGUGACAAAGAUGGUGAAAUUAAAGGAACUUUCAAAUCAUCAGAUAAACCAAUCUCAGUUGUUGGAGGAUACAGUCGUAAAGAUCUGGAAGGAGACAAAUGCCAAUUGAACGGAAACGUUGGCGUCCAAUACGGCGCUGGUAAAAACGUCAAAUUCGAAGGAGCCCUGAAUAGACUGGCUAAAAACCAAUAUAAAUUAGAUGUCCAAUUAGAAACACCCUACGAAAACUUCAAAACGAAUAAAUUGAUAGUCGAAACCAAACAUUCUGAAGACCUCAAACAUAUACAAAGUAACGUAAAGUUGAAUCUGGAUGGAAAAGUUUGGACACAAGACACCGAAUUGAAAUAUAAUGAACUUUCUCCAUUGAUCGACGUAAAAUUGAAGGAUCCCGAAGGAAAAAUCAGUCAAGUUUACUUGAAAGGAAAUAAAAUUAGCGUAAAAGAAUUCGGAGGUGAAUGGAAAGUAGAAUGUCAAAAGUCAAACUUUUUAUUCGAGGGUAACUUUGAUACUAAUUUGGAAAACAUGGAUAAUUUCUACGUUAGAGGAAAUAUAAAUUCUCCCAACCUUAAACUCAAUAAGAUUCAAUUCGACGCUAAUAAUAAAGGAGGAAAAGCGAACAAAAAAAUCCAAAUCAACAUCAAAUCCGCUGGAAAGAAUGUCGUAAGUGGAAGCACCACUUAUCAAGCUAGAGACGAGCACGGGAAAUAUAUAAUAGAAGGUUCUGGAACUCUUAAAAUCAAAGAACAAUCACAAGCCGCUAAUUUCAAAUAUAUAUCUCAACCUUUAACUUUUGAAAAGAACGGAGAAGAAGGAUUUGAAAUUGAUUUCGAUGCCGGAAUAGGAAACAACGCCAUCGACGCCGAGCUCAAGAUAACAGACAAACAAUUCAGAAUUUUGGAAUCUUAUUGCGAAAAAAAUAAGGAAUGCGCCCAUUUCGAGCUCGAUUCCAAAAUCAGCGAAAACGAUAUCAACAAGUUCAACCACGUUUUGGAAAUCACAGUCGAUUUGAGAAAGCUCGGCGUUCCGAACGAAUUCGGUUUAAAAGCUGUAACAACUAGAAACAAUUACGUCUUCGAUCAACUAGUCGAUAUUCAUUUCCAACGAACUGCCGAUGGUAAAUACUCGUACAACGUCUAUCUUCACCCCGAAGAAGCCGGUAUUUCAUUGACGACCCCCAAACGAAUAAUUUCCCUUGAAGGUCACGUAAAAGGUCUCCAAAACGUCAAAAAUACCGGCGGUAAAGUUUCAGCAGAAGCUGCUUUCUAUUUGGACAAAAAGAACCAACCGAACAAGAAAGCUGCUCUCAGCGGUUGGGUAAACGUGGAUCCGAAAAGUAAAGGAAUCGUUAGUGGAGAUGUUAGAUUAACGCACCCCGAAUUGAAAAAACCUUUCAGUAUUUCCUUGAAUACUGUAAGAGGUAACCAAUCUCCAAUCCCAGAUGUUACUGUAACUUUAGAAUUCGAUAUAUUCAGAGAUACUGCUCAGAAAUUAAUUGCUGAAUACAAAUUCUCGAUGAAAAAAGACGGACCAACCGGUUAUCUUAGUAAAUCUACAACCAACGUCAAAAGCAAUGGUCUCGGUAUCGAUAUUUUGUUCACGCAAGACGUUCAACUGGACAAAAAAACUUAUUCUGGACACUACAUCGACAGAUUGACGUAUAACGUGAAAGGUUCAAAAUACGACAACUUAUUUUCAAUUAAAGGAAGUAAAAAAGAUGCUGAACUCAUAUUAAGAUACAUGAAUAUCGAUUUGAUCAAGAUUGAAAACAAAAUGAACAUAAAUAGAGAUCAACAAAUUGUAGACAGCGAAAUUUCUUCGUAUGAUAACAAACCGGUUUUAGUUCAUUUGGAAAUAAAGAAAUUCAACACCCUUCUCUGUACCAUUGGAUACAAAAAUGAUCCCAAGACGAAGUUACAAUUCAACAGCGGAUUCAUUCCUGGACAAAUAGCCGAUGUCCGCAGCGACCUGAUUACGAGCGGAGGUAAAGCGAACCUCUUCCACGUUACAGUCAAAUUGGACGAUGCCAAUUUCCUAAAACCCGAUUACAACGUCAAUUCCAAAGCGAUUGAAAGCACUUUGACGCAUGCUAAAGAAAACGUAGGAACGUUCGUUAAGGGAUUAGAAAAUAUCGGAAAGGAAAUUAGCAACGAUUACGUAAAAGAAGGAAACAAAUUUUCGGAAAUGAUCAAAACCGCCGUUCCCGAUGUCCUACCAGUGCUUCAAUAUUACGACUCGGAAUUACAAAAAAUACAAAAUGAACUAGAUCAAGAUAAAUCCCUUGAAGAAUUUAGAAAAGUUCUUAAAAUCGUAUACGUAAACUUCUUCGAGGUUCUCAGUGAAGUACUUACAACUGUAGUAGAUAUAAUUAAAUCAAUAGAAGUGGCUGUAGAACGAAUAACCACAGCUCUAAUCGAUUCUUUCGAUAAUUAUAUUGUUGUAGCGCUCAGAGAUCUUCUUGAAAAACUCCUCGGUAUCUUUGGAGAAAUUCUUAAUAUGUUAAUAGACAUAGUUUCGACUUAUUUAGCACUCGUCAGCGAAGUUAUAGAAAAAUACCAACCUGAAAUCAAGCAACUCGCUAUUACUGUCAGCGAAUUGGGUCAAGAUGUCGGGAGAUUCAUUCAAAAAUCUUACGUACAAGUUAGAAAGAUUAUUUCAGAUUUGUAUAAGAGAAUUUCCGACGAACUCAAAGCACUUCCCAUAGUUGAGGAAUUGAGAGCCGAAUGGGAAGACUUCGUUAAGAAUGGAAUACCAAAUGCCGAUGGACUUGUAGGAGGUAUUAAAGAAAUCGCUGCAACUAUUAAAGAUUUGGUACCGCCUGAAAUAUUUAUUGCACCAGAAAUUAAUGAAAUCGUAGAUUUGACCGUCAGUUACUUGGAAAAGAAAAUCAAACAAGAACCCGUCGACGAUUUCGCGGUAUUUGAUAAAAUAAUUACGGCUAACAUCAAUCUGAUCAAGAAAGUUUUGUUCAUUCUAACGGAUACAACAUCAGAUAUUCGUCAACCGCAGAUAACUCUCUCUUUAGACAUCUUCAACAAGUUACCUAAACUCGUAGCUGUCAAAUUCUCACCAAUCGCCUACAUUUUACAAGAAGAUCCAUCUAAAGAGAUAGUAACUUUCUUAUUAUCACUGUUUAACAAUCCGACUCAAUGGAUUCCUCCAUUCCAACUGUUCGCAAUGACAAUUGAAGGACAAUACAUCUUCACUUUCGAUGGAAAAUACUUCAACUUCCCAGCUAACUGCAAAUACUUAUUAGCUAGAGACGCGUUUAAUGGUAACUUUACAAUUAUUGGUACUUACUCCAAUGGUCAUUUAACUGCUAUAUCAUUGGCCGAUCAACAUGAUUCUGUUACCGUAAACGAGAACGGACAAGUGACCCUCAACAACGCUCAUGUAGAACUACCUAUUCGAAAAUCAGGACUCAGCGUUUACAGAGACUACUAUAUGGUAUAUCUUACUUCGAAAUCUGGUGUUACAGUAGCUUGUACACCAACGUUGAGAGGAUGUGGUUACUUCAUCUCAGGUUUCUACCACGGACAAAUCAAAGGUCUUCUUGGUAAAGGUAACAACGAACCUUACGACGACUUCACCGCCGCCAAUGGAAAGAUCGUAACAUCUGAAAGCGACUUUGGAAAUUCGUACAAAAUCGGAAAUUGUAAACCCGUCGUUGUACCUGCAGCCGGACCGGUGAACGCCGAAUGUACCAAACUGUUCGAUUGGGAAUCGCCGAUGAGAUUGUGCUAUCCUUUCGUCGAUACAGAAACGUUCAAAGCAGCUUGUACAGCAGGACUGGCAUCCAACACACCAAACAUCUUACAAUCCGUAGCUGCUUCCUAUGUAGCCAGUUGCUUACGGCAUAACAUUUUCGUAUCAGUUCCACCUAAUUUACUGAAAUGUACAAAUGGACAAACACCUCGUUCAGUUGGAGACAAAUUCAGCGUCAAAGUACCAACUAAUGCCGCCGAUAUCGUUCUUUUGAUAGACACCGUUAAACAGAACCAAGUAGUCUACAAUGAAUUGAUUAAACCAUUAAUUCAAGAGGUUAUCAAAGAAUUAGCUACUAAAGGAAUUACUGACGUCGAUAUUCACCUAAUCACCUACGGAGGGGAAAAUCAUUCACCUAGUCACGUUACCGUCGGUGGAAAAUUAACUUACAAAGGAAAAUUACCUGAUUUAAAAUUCGUCGACCCGCCCAAAAACGAUUUCAACGUUGCCGGAUUAACCAAAACCGUCGAAGCACUACAUAGUAUUUUGAAAGACGUGGAAUUAGCUCUAGGACAAGAUCUUCAAGCUAGAACUUACACGGAAGGUUACAAAUACCCAUUCCGAGCUCACGCCGCGAAGACCAUAAUCGCCGUAACGGGUAAACCGUGUGAAGUUGGAAAACUAUAUCCGCUACAGAAACUUAGAACUUUAUUAUUCAAGAACAAUCAAAUCUCCAUACACUUGUUCACUCCAUUCGAAAAUUUCCACGUCAAAGACCAGAAGAAAACGUCUGAUGUGAUUGGUUUCAACAGCGAACACGUUUUCACGUUUAGUCAAGGAAAGAAAAAACCAGAUGGCUCAGCCGAACUUUAUAAAGACCUUCAAUACGAUGAUUAUUGCGUUGAUUUUACUGUUAAGAAUCGUGGUAACGUUUUUGUUUCAAACAACUUCUUAGAUGCCAAAGCCGAUCAACGCAAAAAUUUUGCUCACGUAGCCGCUUACAAUGUUGUAGACACGAUCGCCAAUUACCAAGAAGGUUUAGAUUGUGAAUGUAGAGUUGUAUCGCCGAUGUCAGCAAAAAAUAUUUGCUCAGAAUCAUAUGUUCCAAAGAAAAACUAAAG